CAUCUCUCUCUCUCUCUCUCUCUCUCUCUCUCUUCAUUCUCUCUCUCUCCCCCUCCCUCGUGAAAUCGCCGCCCACCUUUGAUUUCUCCUUCCUAAUUAUCUUCUAAAUCACCGAACUUGGCCCUUGGAUCAUGAACCCGUAGAAAAACACGGAGUUGCGAGGGUCUUCUUGCAAGUAAUUGACGGUGUGAGUGGCUCGUAAUUGCGAAGAACUCAGGUGCCACCCUUGUUUUCCUAAUCGGAGAAGAAAGCUGUGGGAGAGGUGGGCUAAAGAGGUAGAAAGGUGGGAUUUUUGGCAAUUUGUUUGGCGGUAUGUAAGGUUAGCAUCGGUGUUUGAGCUGGAUUUAUUUCAUGUGUAUAAAAAACAAAAUUUUUUUGGUGGAGACAUCGCCUUUUCUAAUAGAAUUCGAGGCGUUUAAGGAGUCCGAUUCGUUGUAUCAAGCUGCAUUGAGUGGAAAAGGCAGAUUUCAUUUUAUUUAUUUUAUUUGGUCGCAAAAAUCCCGUGUUGGCUUUAGAGAUCUCGAAGGUUUGAGGCUUGGUAUGGUAAGAAAUCAAAUUUAAGGAUUCUCUUUUCAUGUAUGGGAGGCAGAGUUCCUCGGAUUUAAGGGAUGUGCCGCUUAGAAAGGACAACAAGAUCUGACUACUUGGGAAAGAGGCAGAUUGAUCUGAAAACGGAGGGAAGCGAUUCGAGGGCGGAGAAGCUGAAGAGCCCGAUGGUGUCAAGGCCAAAGAUGAAACUUUGGAUGAUCCGGGUGACGACGAUUGUAUUACUGUGGACAUGCGUCCUCCAGCUCAUGGCGAUAGGCGAGAUAUGGGGGCCGAAGGUCUUGAAGGGGUGGCCUUCUUGCUUCACCUCCUCAGAUUCGCCGCUCACGGAGAAACAAUCCUCUCUGAUUGACGUCGAGAAAAUUGUUCUGCCACCCAAAAGAAUCUACAGAAAUAAUGGAUACCUGAUGGUUUCAUGCAAUGGUGGGCUUAAUCAAAUGCGAGCAGCAAUCUGUGACAUGGUUGCUAUUGCGAGAUUUUUAAAUGUGACACUCAUAGUACCAGAAUUGGACAAAACCUCCUUUUGGAAUGACCCUAGUGAAUUUCAAGAUAUAUUUGAUGUUGAUCAUUUUAUCACCUCUUUGAGAGAUGAGGUCCGGAUAUUGAAGGAAUUGCCACCUAGGUUGAAAACAAGGGUUGAGCUUGGGAUGUCUUAUUCGAUGCCACCUGUUAGCUGGUCUGAUGUCUCUUAUUACCAAAAUCAGAUUCUUCCUUUGAUACGGAAGCACAAGGUUGUGCAUUUGAAUAGAACAGAUGCUCGGCUUGCUAAUAAUGGUCUGCCAUUAGAGAUACAAAAAUUACGCUGCAGAGUAAAUUAUGCUUCUCUUAGAUUCACUCCUCAAAUUGAAGAAUUGGGCAGAAGAAUAAUUAGAAUUCUGCGACAGAAAGGCCCUUUUCUUGUUCUCCAUUUACGAUAUGAAAUGGACAUGUUGGCCUUCUCUGGAUGUACUCAAGGUUGCACGAGCGAGGAAACAGAAGAAUUGACAAGAAUGAGAUAUGCUUAUCCCUGGUGGAAAGAGAAAGUCAUCGACUCUGACAUGAAAAGAAGAGAUGGUCUCUGUCCUUUAACGCCAGAAGAAACCACCUUGGUGUUGAGGGCUCUGGAUGUCGAUCGCAGUAUCCAAAUAUAUAUUGCAGCUGGAGAGAUUUAUGGUGGAGAAAGGAGAAUGGCUGCUCUGUCUGCUACUUAUCCAAAAGUGGUAAAAAAGGAAACUUUAUUGGGACCUUCUGAUCUUAGAUACUUUCAGAACCAUUCAUCGCAAAUGGCAGCAUUAGAUUACCUGGUUUCAUUGGAGAGUGAUAUCUUUGUUCCUACAUAUGAUGGUAACAUGGCUAAAGUUGUCGAAGGUCAUCGAAGGUACUUGGGUUUUCGGAAGACGAUCUUAUUGGACAGAAAACUCCUAGUUGAUCUGAUAGAUCAGUACAAUAAUGGUACUCUUAGUUGGGAUGAAUUCUCUUCAUCAGUUAAGGAAACACAUGCUAAUCGCAUGGGAAACCCUGUGAGGAGAGUGAUGAUUCCUGACAAGCCCAAGGAAGAGGACUACUUCUAUGCAAAUCCCGAAGAGUGCUUCCCACAGCCGGAUAAACCAUGGAUUUCAUGAAUCUGUUGUCAAGACACCAUUCUAUUUUGCAACUUUCCAAGAAUGCCAUUGAUUUAAAUCAUUUAACAAGAAGUUAAUUAUUGGACCGAAUGAUGGGAAUGCUGCCCAGGGUUUGCUUCCAUGGAGGAGAAAAGAACCAAAGAGGUUAGCACGUUGCAGAUGUCGUUUUGAUGCAGCUGGCGAAUAUACACAUUUAUACGAUAGCUUUACUUAUAUUCUUCAAAUAAGUAUUUAUUCUUGUAUAGAAGGAUGAGUGGGAGAGAGGUGAAUGCAGAAAGGAGCUUGAUUCAUGUAAUUAAAUCUUCAUGUACAACACAGGAGAUUGUAAUAGGGAGGUUAGUGUUUGGAAGGAUUUUAGGUUGUUUCAGGAGCUCCUUCGUAUACACAGUCAUGAGAUAUCUCUCAAAUUCAAGUUCAAAUUUUUGCUGUUA